AUGAUUUACGCCCGCUGCUUUGCCAAGGCCCAGGGCUGCCUCCGUCUUCGCAGCCUCUUGCUUCGCCAGUGCCUGGCAGAACUCCUGGGGGACUUCAUGCUGAUUGUGAUCACGCUCAGUGCGGCAGCCCAGUCCAUCACCAGCGAGGGGACGAAAGGAGGCUACAUGAGCUCAGCCCUGGCCGGCGGCGUCGGCGUAAUGGUAGCUAUUUACGUUUCAGGGGGUGUCUCAGGAGGACACCUGAACCCCGCCUUCUCCCUGUGCAUGUGUCUGCUGAACCAGUGCCCGUGGUGGAAACUGCCCAUUUUCUCCGUCUUUCAGAUCCUGGGGGCCUUUCUCGGCUCAGCCACCGUCUACGCCCUGUACUACGAUGCCAUCCAGCACUAUACCAAUGGGACCCUGACCGUUACCGGCCCUCGGGAAACUGCCUCCAUCUUCGCCACGUACCCAGCUCCGUACCUGUCCCUGAGCAAUGGCUUCUUCGACCAGGUGCUCGGGACAGCCGUCCUGAUCAUAUCCAUUCUGGCAAUCAUUGAUUCCCGAAACAAGAGCAUCCCCAAAGGACUGGAGCCGGUGGGGGUGGGGCUGUUGGUCCUCUCCCUCAGCCUGGCCAUGGGGGCCAACUGCAGCUGCGCCAUCAACCCGGCGAGGGACUUGGGCCCCCGGCUGUUUACCUACGUGGCCGGAUGGGGCCCUCAGGUUUUCAGUGCUGGAAACUAUUGGUGGUGGGUUCCGAUCGUGGCACCAAUGGUUGGCUCGGCCGCUGGUACUGCCGUCUAUCAGCUCUGCAUAGCGUUCCACCAUCCCCCAGAUGAAGAUGAAGCGAUCCCUACGCCUGCUCUUGAGAAGGCCCACCUAGGGGCGGAGAAAGACGUGGACCUUCCGAUUUACGUUGUGAACAAGUACGUGGACACGUGGGUGGAAGGGAAUCCCAUGGUCGUCCCUGCCACGGAGCACGACAAAAGGGAAACGGCACCGUCGACCUAA